CAAAGGAGUCUUUUGUUGUCAAUAUAACUUGUAUUACGUAUCAAUAAAGUAUUAAUUCUAUUAAGUACUUGACGUUGUUCUAAAUAGGUAUAAUAAUCAUAAUAACUAUGAAGACCUUUUUGAUUUGUAUUACUUUGUUAUUAAUUACGAUGGCGUUUUUCCAAGACACAAAUGCCAAUCCGAUAAGAGAAAGUAAAGUUAUCAUUACAGAUUUUCCGGAUAAAACUACAACAGAAUCUAAGAUUGCUGAUGAUUCAGCAGAAGGAAGCAAAGGUGUUCCGGCGUUAGAAGUUCCGGAUACACCUACAACAACAGACUCUAAGGUUACUGCUGAUUCAGUAGAAGCAAAGGAAUGGCGGAAAACAGAAAACACCAUUAAAUUUAUGUGUUGUAAUGCAUGUGAUAUGUAACUAUUUGAGAAAUUAUUUCAACUACACGAGUUUACCAUGAACCUUGUUUA